AUGCCUUCCGACUCCUUUGACACUGACUACGCGCAGCGCGAGAGGUCUCGCUCGCCCCGCCGACGUUCUCGCAGUCCUCGACGGAGCCGUCGCUCGUACUCCCCACGCAGUCGCUCUCGCAGUCGUGACGAUUAUCGCCGCAGUGAUCGCCGGUCUCGGUCUCCUAUGAGUACUGCUCAAGGCGCAACUGGAGGACAUUCAGGAUCUGGUUACGGUGGCCGCAGCAGUUACCCUCCUUCGAGAUCUUUUGAGGAACGCUCAGUCGCCAAAGAACAAAUGAUGCAAUCAGUACGCGAAUCGUCCCAACAGGACCGCCGGGUCUAUGUGGGCAACCUAUCCUACGAUGUCAAGUGGCAUCAUCUCAAGGACUUUAUGAGACAGGCUGGAGAAGUUAUCUUUGCCGACGUCUUACUACUUCCCAACGGAAUGUCGAAGGUGGGCACCAAUGCGAUUGUGGAAUACGCUACAAGGGAGCAAGCGCAGAAUGCAGUCAACACGCUUAGCAACCAGAGCCUCAUGGGUCGUCUUGUCUACGUUCGCGAGGACCGUGAGCCCGAACCACGCUUCACUGGUGGACCUCCCCGAGGAGACUUUGGGGGUCCUGGUCGAGGUGGCUUCGGAGGCUACGGUGGCCCCCCCGGUGGUGCUCCUGGCGGUGGAAGACAACUCUAUGUGUCUAACCUCCCCUUCAAUGUCGGUUGGCAGGACCUGAAGGAUCUCUUCCGCCAAGCUGCCCAGCAAGGUGCUGUGAUCCGUGCCGACGUUCACACCGACGCAACUGGUCGUCCCAAGGGCUCCGGCAUUGUGGCUUUCGAAUCUCCGGAGGAUGCGCGCAACGCUAUUCAGCAGUUCAACGGCUACGACUGGCAGGGACGGACAUUAGAGGUCCGUGAGGAUCGCUUUGCCGGUUCCGGACCCGGCUUUGGCGGCCGUGGAGGCUAUGGUGGCUACGGCCGGGGUGGCUUCGGUGGUCGUGGUGGUUUUGCCGGCCGUGGUGGAUUUGGCGGCGGCGGCUUCAGGGGUGGAUACGGCGGCGGUGGUUUUGGAGGCCCCCAGAACUUCGAGCCCGUCGCAUCGGUUCCUCCCAACCCAUUUACUGACUUUGCAACCUCUGGAGGAGAAAAGGGUCCCAUAAUCUACGUGCGCAAUCUGCCAUGGUCUACUUGCAAUGACGAUCUGGUGGAUCUUUUCUCCACCAUCGGCAAGGUUGAACGUGCCGAAAUUCAGUAUGAGCCCAACGGUCGCUCUCGUGGCACAGGUGUAGUCCAAUUCGAUAACGCGGAGACUGCGGAGACUGCGAUCGCCAAAUUCACUGGUUAUCAAUAUGGUGGUCGUCCUCUCGGUAUCACGUUUGUCAAGUACCUGAAUGUCGACCAGGGCCAAGGCGAACCCAUGGAAGGCGCAGAAACCACUACCGGUAUAACGCAGGAUCAGAUCAUGUAA